AUGGACCGAAGACAAUUAAUCAACAAUCAGAAGCCUUCGUCAACUCCAUCUACAACCGUUACUCGACCUCAUUGUACACCGUUCACCCUCCCUUCCAAUGGCGUUAUCGAUAUCGGUGAAUCUGAGCUUUUCACCCUUACAACCAAUGCCAUCUUCACUCCCCAAUGUACAGGCACGGCCGAUAUUGUUAUAACGAAUGCGGGCAGUCCUACGUCUUUCGUUGAUCUCCGUGACCCCUUCUACGCUUCCACGAUACCCGAAUGUUACGCACUCGCUGCCACGACCGUGAUUGCAUACAUGCUAGUCAUAAUGCUUUUAAUUACCCCAAGAACAUUUCUUGUUCAAGGCGCUGUGGUCUUGGGACGACGCGGAUUCACAAAUGGUCCGUCCGGUAGUGAUGCUGGCAUUGGCAUUGGUGGAAGACCUUGGCUACAAAAGGUUGCAGCAUUAACGGUUGCAGUCUCUCUGACUAUCGCGACGGCAGAUACGUUUCGUGUCGCAGAACAACAAUACGAGCUUGGGCUUAUGAAUGCGUCAGCUUUACAAGAAGAAGUCGAGGGGGGUAUGGAACUCAAGAUCAUUCGUGUUAUUUCGGAUACUUUCCUAUGGCUCGCGCAAGCCCAGACUCUGAUAAGAUUAUUUCCACGACAGCGAGAGAAAAUCAUCAUUAAAUGGACGGCAUUUGCGUUGAUUACUCUGGACGUUCUAUUUAGUCUCCUCAACAACUUCGUCUAUAACGGCAAUUCGCGACCCCGCCUUUUUACAGAUGCUGUACCCGCCUUAGCCUACCUCUUUCAGCUCGCCCUAAGUCUUCUGUACUGCGCUUGGGUCAUUUACUAUGCUAUUUCAAAGAAGCGUUACGCAUUUUAUCACCCGCAAAUGCGGAACAUUUUUCUUGUGGCAAUAUUGUCGCUGGUAUCAGUGCUGGUACCUGUAGUCUUUUUCGUCCUUGAUAUUUCGAAGCCAACGCUCGCUGCAUGGGGGGAUUACGUCCGAUGGGUUGGCGCCGCAGCAGCAAGUGUAGUGGUAUGGGAGUGGGUAGAGCGGAUUGAAGCCCUAGAAAGGAAUGAAAAGAAAGAUGGAGUGCUCGGAAGAGAGGUCUUUGAUGGAGAUGAAAUGCUAGAGGUCACUCCAACAUCGGAUUGGACAAAGCAUUUCCGAAAAGACAACGACGAUAGGGGCGGGACAGCUACGGGUUCUACUUGGCCAGCAAUGUCUGGGUUAGCUAACCGCUACAGGCCGCGUGCUACGAAUGAUCUUGAGGCCUCGUCUGGUCCCGGUCAACGUACAGGCAGAAAUCUACUGACAACUCGUCCUCCACUAUGGCCUACUAGGCCUCAGCCUGCUGCUACCCCUAUUAACAGGGCGGAUACUGCCAGCGCUGAGAGCACUGUUUAUGCAGUGAGAUAUCAUCCCAUCAGUGAAGCAACCCCACCAAUAAUUGCCAGGAAUAUUUCGAGAAGUAACAGUGAGGCUAUAUCAAUUAGCAGGUCCGUUAGUAAUGAAGACGUUGACUCUGACAAGCCAGCUAUUGUUGUUGGUCAGCCGGAGGAUACACCUGUAGUGGCGGCGGGUGCCCACAGUUGGCACUGGAAUGCCCUUAGUCCUUUCCGGCAUCGAGUUCAAGGGCCUCCAGCAGAAGUUUCAUUACAUACUGCGAAGCCCGCAAAGCCUGCAACACCUUUUAGUGGUCAUGAAUCCUCGAAUCGGUGGGAUAUGCGCGCCCGAAUUGAAGGCUUUGCAGCCACUCAAGCAGAAAGGUAUCGUGAGAAGACACGUCCCACGGUCGAUACAGUUCCUCUUCCUCUUACUGUCAUUCCAGCACCAAGUCGAAGACGUGCUGUGGCGUCGGAAUCUGAGGAGCUGGAUACAGAUUUAACCAAUCCCUCCCAUGAAGGACCAUCCCAUACGGAGAUUGACACUUCAGGACGAGAUAAUCACACAAGAACAAGUGAUCCUUACACUCCAGAUAGUCUUCAGCGACAUUCUAUUACUCACCGUGGGAGCAUAUCCUUUGCAACGGCGGUACAACCAGAAAUAGAUCAGCGAGUUGAAAAUACCACUUCCUCGCCGACUCUUAUGACUAGCCGCCAUACUCCCACAUUUUCGAGUUCACGAAGCAGUCCUCCCCAGGCUCGAACACCUGUCACGCCGGCUCUCCCCCCAAUCAUAGAUGGUUUACCAGUGACAACUAUACCGGCACCGCCACGUAGGCCAAGGGUCGAAGAUCCUUGA